AAGUGACACUCAGAUAAUCAACGUCUGCAGUCAUUUAGGAAUAUAUUGUCCAGCGACAGUGCUCCCCGGGCACCGGCUGAUUCUCAUGGCUCCAUCUGUACUCGGGCUGCUUCUCAUCUUGGAACUGUCCACCGUUGGUGGCUUCUUUGUGGACACUGAUAAUCCCAUAAUCUUCCAGAAUACUGCCAAUAGCUUUGGGUACCAGGUUGUUCAGCUGAAUCAGGGGGUUAUCGUAAGUGCUCCACUUCACCAAGAUGGAACCAAUAAAACUGGAGUGUUAUAUCGCUGCAACCCUGCCACUACAGCAUGCCAGCCAAUCAGCAUUAAUGGCUCUCCUGAGGAUUUUAACACAUCGCUAGGACUCUCUUUGGCAGUUGAUGAAAAGAAUUCCCAGCUGUUGGCAUGUGGCCCGACCCUAAAGAGAACCUGUGGACAAAAUGUCUACGUGAAUGGACAUUGUUACCAGCUGAACACUGAGAUGCAAGUGCAGGAAACCUUACCUCCCUCUCUGCCAGAGUGCAAUGUGCGCAGCCUUGACAUCGUCUUCCUCGUUGAUGGCUCCGGGAGCAUUAAAACAUGGGAGUUCAGAAUAAUGCUGACAUUUGUAUCCAGAGUAAUUGCCCAGUUUAAUGAAUCUGAUGCACUGUUUGCUCUCAUGCAGUACUCCACUAUCUUUGAGACACAUUUUGAUUUCACCGACUUUUCGGAAACCAGAGAUAAGACCACACUGACAAACAACGUCAGACAACAGAGAGGGCAAACAUUUACUGCCACUGCCAUCAAGAAAGUGCUGGAAGAACUCUUUACUCCUGAAAGUGGCUCUCGGCCUGGAUCCCAAAAGAUACUCAUUGUGAUAACAGAUGGACGGAAAAAUGAUAACAUUGAAUAUGAUGGUCCCAUUGCAGAAGCUGAACGCCAAGGGGUCCUGCGCUUUGCUAUUGGGGUUGGAAAUGCUUUUACCACAUCUAAUGCGCUGGAAGAGCUGAGCAGCAUUGCAUCCAAACCGACUGCUGACCAUGUGUUCCAAGUCAGUGACUUCUCUGCCCUCAGUCAGUUCCAGAAGCAACUGCAGGACAAGAUAUUUGCUAUCGAAGGUACACAGGUACAGACCGGUAGUGCCUUCCAGCUGGAGAUGUCUCAGGAUGGGUUCAGCUCCUUUAUAACAUCUGAUGGCUCAAUGCUAGGAAUGGUUGGGGCAUAUGACUGGUCUGGUGGUGUUUCCAUUUUCAAGAAUGGGAAGGAAAGUAUCUGGAUAAAUGGAACUCAGGAGAAAGGAGACAUGAAAGCAGCCUACUUAGGGUACGCAAUGCAGCCCUUGACAAAGAAUGUGAUCGCUGUUGGUGCCCCAAGAUACCAACACACCGGAAGUGUCCAUAUCUAUAUGAAGAGCUCCUCCAACUGGAACCAAAAAUUUGCUAUUGUGGGAGAGCAGAUUGGUUCAUACUUUGGCUCAGUGUUGAGUGGAGGCUCUAUCAACUCAGAUCCUGCCAAGCUUCUCCUCCUGGUGGGUGCACCAACCUAUUAUGCCCCUGCUUCCCCUGGGGGGCGGGUGUAUCUGUGUCCAAUCGACAGCAAGGUUUUAAAGAAAGUAGAGAGUUUGGCACUUGCCUCCCUUGUGUGCCCCACAACUCUGCAAGGUGACCCAACUCAAUACCUCGGCCAUUUUGGUUCCACCAUUUCCAUCCUACCUGAUUUGACUGGAGACCAAAUGAAUGACCUGGCAAUAGGGGCCCCAUUUGAGGACCAAAACCGAGGAGCAGUAUACAUAUUCCCAGGACAGAGGGGGGGCUUUAGAGAUUCCUAUCUCCAGCGUAUCACAAGCAAUCAGGUCUCUAGAGGUCUAAUGUUCUUUGGAAGAUCAUUGAGUGGAAAUCUAGACAUGACUAAGGAUGGGCUACCUGACUUAACCAUUGGAGGUGAAGGGAGAGUACUCAUACUCAGGUCUCGACCUGUGCUUGGAGUCUCUGUGGCCAUGAGAUUCACACCCGGUAAUAUCCGCUUGGCUUUCUUUGAGUGUCCAAAUCCCACUGAGAAAGGAGCAGCAGCAACAAUAACAGUCUGUUUGACAACUAGGAAGAGAAGCACCGGAGACAAUGGAGAAGUCUCUGCCCAGCUGACAUACACUCUCCUGCUGGAUGCUAGACGCUCUACAAGUCGCGCCAUCUUUGAUGGCACAGGACGCUCAAAAAGUCAAACUGUACAGCUAAGAGAGGGGACUAUGUGUGAGAACCAUUCCUUCAAACUCCCUGAAUGCGUUGAAGACUCUCUGACCCCCGUCAGGGUUGCUCUUAAUUUCACCCUCUCUGGCGUUCCCGUCUUGAGUGAAGAUUCACCUACCAACGUUUCAAACCAGAUUUCAUUUCAGAAGAACUGUGGGAGCGACGAUAUUUGUCAGGAUGAUCUGAGGAUCACCACAGGGUUUGGAGAUUUGAGGAACCUAGUGGUGGGGGUAGCUACUGAAGUCAACGUGACAGUCUCAGUGCAGAAUCAUGGGGAGGAGUCAUACUACUCUCGCGCUGCUAUCAGCCAUCCCUCGGGCUUGUCUUAUCGAAGGGUCGUUGUUGUUCAGAGCAACAGGCGUACCUCUGUCGUAUGUUCAGUCCUGAAUGGUGAGAUGGUGACUUGUGGCAUCAACAACCCUCUACUGCGACCCAACACUUCGGUGAUCUUCAUAGUCAGUUUUCAUGUCCCUUCCAACGUUGAUCUGGGAAGCGCUAUGAUGGUUUCAGCCAAUGUCACCAGUGAUAACGAUGGAGUGCCUAAUGACCAAAUGAGAUCUUCAGCCCAACUAAAAGUUCUGUAUGGAGUCUAUGUGACUGUCUCCAGUGUUGAAGAAUCUACCAAAUACACAAACUUCUCCUCUGACAGUGCCGCAAACGAUAUUCGCGAUGUGCAGCACAUAUACAGGGUGUUGAACUUGGGCCAACGGCCUCUACCUCUUUCAGUUAUCUUCAUGGUCCCUGUGAAGCUAAAGGAGAUUCCUGUGUGGGAGAAAACAAAUAUCACGUUCUCAGGGGCAGAACUUGCCAAUGGAACCAUUGAAUGUACCAACAUUGUGCUGGCUCCAAAAACAGAGAAUGCUGAGGAGCGCCUGAAAUCCCGUGCUGUUCUGGAUUGUGAAGUGAUGACUUGUGUCCAGUAUGUGUGUAACAUCUCCAGUUUGGACAUCAUGGAGUCAGUGCAGUUUAUGAUCAGCGGACAAGUGACCAAAGAAUGGACCACUCUCACAGCGCAGCAGAAGGUGUCGCUCCAGAGUUCUGCAGAACUCGUGUUUGAUUCGGAGAAGUAUCAGCACAUUUUGGAACAGAACCAGCCUUUCAUCAUGACCCAGAUCCAGACGGUGCUGGAGGUGAACACAGAGUACAACUACCUGCCUGUGAUUGCUGGGAGCAGUGUGGGGGGGUUGGUGCUUCUGGCUCUGAUCACCGCUGGGUUGUACAAGGCGGGGUUCUUUAAGCGUCAGUACAAAGACAUGAUGGAAACACCUGAUGGAACAACUGAGGGACAGAAUGGACCUGCUGGAGACUCACAGAAUCCCAAUGAAGGAGGGGGAUCAGGAGAAUGAGCUCUCAUCUCAAAGUUCAUACCAAUGCAUGGAGAGCUAUGAGCACCUAAAAGGACCAUCAUGGAGGCUCAUGGACUUAUGAACUUACUUUCAAAUUUUUAUUUCCAGUUAUAAAUAAGAAAUCAAGAAAUUGUAGUUCAGCUAUCAGAUAUUUAUCCCACAAGUGGCUUUAGAUGGUACAUUGGCUGACAGCUUUGACUUGUCUGAGCUGGCAGCCUGUUGGUUUGUGUAUGGCCACAGUUGCCACUGUCUGGGGCUUGUCUAGAUCUAACUGAGCUAAGCAAAAAAUUCUAAUGGUCAACAACCACAUUGUAUCCUGGGUGUGGUCCUAGGCAGUCGUUCUAUGUUGACACUUGGGUAGGGCCAAGAUAUUUAGAACCUGGUCAGACAUGAAGAACAUUACCAGUAUGGCCAACUUUAGAAUACUACUCUACUCUACACUUCAUCCCACCCUUACUAUCAGGUAGGGUUGGUGAUUUUGUGUAUUAAGGCUUGAAUAAGAUUUAAGGAUCCAAGACCAAGAAUGGAAAAGGCAAAUCCCAGACAGGAUCUGCAAGAAAUCUAUGUACCGUCACCACAUCUGAAUAUAUCCAAUUCCAGAAGAGGCCAAUACUGCGGCCAGAACAUAAGCUAAACACCGGAUACCCACUGGAUGAAAGUGGUAGCUGAUGGACCUAUCCAAGGCACUUUUUCCAAUUGGCCUUCAUUUUUUUUUAUAUUUCAUGUGUUUUAAACUAUUUUUCUUCCAAUGUUGCCCCUUUUCAGCCUGACAAUGGAAAUGUUGAUUCUACGGGUCAACACCAGAGUCCGAGGCUACAGCUCUGUUCAGGCCCUCUGCUCUUCAUCUUCCAUUCUAAAAUCCAAGUAAUGAUUCUAAAACUACCAUAAAUAAUUGAAUAUUGUCUAAGAAUGGUCACUUUUAGCUGAACUACCCUUACUAGAUGCCUUCAAACAGCGUCUCCAAGUCUAGUAAAGAGCGAUCUGUAGAAGCCCCUAAAAAAACUCUACCAUGGUGGAAACCACAGAGGCCUAUAUGUGCUGUAGACCACCUUCUGAAUCUGAACUGUACACAUAACAAGAAAACUAUACUUUAGUGCCCCAAAUUCUACUUCUGCCAGUAGAUAUAUGAACAAGAAGAACUUCUAUAAUGUAAGACAAUGGCUUCCUUGACAUUUAGGGGGAUUUCUGUCAUAUCAUUUCAUGACUGUAUUGUUCCACACUUCCCCAAUAAGAAAGAUGUUGCAAAAUAUGGAAUAUGCUAAAAAUGACUCCCCUCUGUUGAGUCAUGCUGAGAGUCCCAAAAACAGUUCAACCCAUGGCACUGCAAGCUAUGGACACCAAGGGCAUAUGACUUAUAUCCUAUCUCAAACGCCAAAGACGGUCAACCAAAUUACCCCACAUGUAAAUGUAAAGUCUCUCCGUUUCAUCAACUAAAAGAUUCCUUGCGUUUGACCCUUCCUCCCCUUCCAUUAUUGUGAAAAAUAUAACCACUUCCCCUUUAACUACCCCGGCCUAUCAUCUUCUGACCUUUCCAACCCUGAGUUUCACCCUGUUACUCAAUGAAAUACAGAAAUCCCAUUGUAUCCUA